AGGAAAAGGAAAUCUUGGGGAGAGAAAGGGGCUGUAUAGAGGGAUCAGGAGAGAGAGAAGAGAGGAGAGGAAGGGGCAGGAGGAAAGGGGAACUCCAGGAAGACAAAAGGGGGGUAUGGAAGGGCUAUAAGAGAAAAGAGGGGACAGUAGGAAAGGAAGCCCCGGGGAAAGAAAGCGGCUAUGAAAAAGCCAGGAGGAAGAAGAGGGCAGAAGAAGAGGACCCCCAGGAAAAGGGGGCUAUUGAAGUACUAGGAGAGAGAAGGGCCAGAAAGAAAGGGGAGCAGGGGCAGGGGUGGGGGGAUAGGGCGAGGCUGGGGCAUAUGUCAGAAUUAAGAGAGAAGGGGGUAGAAAGAAAGAAAAACCUGGGGAAACGGGGUGUGGAAGAAUUAGAGAUAAUGUGGAAGAAAGAGGGAGAUCCCUCAGGAAAAGGGAGGUAUGGAAGGAUUAGGAGAGAAAAGGGCAGGGGAAAAGGGAAUAUAAAAGUUAAUAGGGAAGUGAUCAACAGAGAGAAGGAAAGGAGACCCCAGGAAAAAGCUAUGAAAAAGUGAGGAGAGAAGAGAUGGGGAAAGGGAGAAGUAAGAAGGGUCCCAGGCUUGGAAGGCGAGAGGUCAAGUGAAAACACAUACAUAUACAUACAUAUAUAGACUUAUAUUUUAUAUAAACAUAUCUGUAUAAAAACUUUCACUCCCUAAGUCAUCUGGUCAACUCUAGGACCAGAGGUUCCGGAGAAAAUGUUGAGGUAGGAGGAGCUUCCUCCCCUGGAAGUUCCCAUAAACCCAUGAAAUCAGAGUUCAGAAUCCAGUUUUCUUUUUUUUUUUUAAGGCUUAGUGAAUAGAGAGCUGUCAGGGAAGACAUGUUCAUGUCCUGCUUCUGAAACAUAUGGCCAUGUGAUCCUGGGCAAGUCAUUUCAUAUCUGUGUUAUCUAGACUUAGCUCUCUAAUAUUAAGUUAUAGAAAAUUUGUAUUAGUAGAAGACAUUUCCUCCCUAGGAGCACCCUAAAUCUAUAAAAACCCUUGGGCCCAGUCCUCUUUGUCAUCCAGAACUUUGACUUUCCUUACUGCCUCUGGCCUUUGGCUAAAUCUGAAAGCAUACUUUGUUAGGCUCCAUUCAAAUGCUGAGUAAAACUGUUGGAACAGCACGAACCUAGGACAGAUCCCAGAGGCACUUUAUUCUCUAAUAUUCUAGACUGAUUAAAAAUUGGCCUAGAAGGCAAUAGGAUCUUAGAUCUCUAGAGCUGGAAGGAGCCUUAGAGGCCAUUUAAUUCAACCCCUUGGUUUUACAGAUGAAGAAACUGAGACCCACACAGGUUCAGUGAAUUCUUGCCCAAGGUUACAAGGGUAGGAAGCAUCCAUCCAAGUACUAAAAAUAAUAUUGAAGCACCUGUGCAACCAAUUAAAGAACAUGAAAGCCACUUCCUUCCUAUGUAAGCAUGGACAAGUCAGAGGUCAAAAUUUUCUGUUAGUUGAGGACUUUUCCAGCCUAAAUUGCAUGAAUCUUAUAGGAAGUAUAAGUGCUGCUAGACGGUCCACCACAUUUUUAAAAUGGAAAAUGUUAGGCUGACAGAAGUUAGAAUGACUUGUCCCUGUGUCACACAGCUGUGGAAUGUCUGAAACUAUAUUUGAACCGAGGACCUUCUGACUCCCAAGUACAUUGCUUUCUGGCAGGGGUAGAGAGUGGACAGCAAAGGGAGGGAGAGGGAGCCUAUCUACCCUAUGGGGAAGAGUCUAGCCAGGUAGGUAGGAGAAAAGGAUGGUACUGAGAGUGUUUGGAAGAACUUGUGUCUCAAUUACAUCUGACCCCUUCUGGGGAGAAAGAACAAGAGACAUGUGCAGAGUGAGAUUAAAUGAUUUGCUUGUCAUUUUUAGACUGGGUCCUAGGCACUGCACAAAUAGCUUUCCAGGGUUCCAGCUCAUCCUUAAAGAUGGAGAGGGCCAGAACAGGCACUAGAAAAGGGGUCUUCCAUAGGUCCUGACCGAUGGUUCUUCCUCUGAGCCCUGAGCCCUCUACCUGUAGAGCUAUAUAUGACUUUCAUUCUCAGUGAUACCUAAGCAGAAUUUUAAGCAUAUAAGAUACUAAGUACAGUACAAAAUCCUUCCUUAGCUCCAGUCCCUAGACAUCUUCCAUUCUUCUCCCCAGACCCUGUAGUCCUGAUCUUACUAUACUAAUGCUUUUUUCCUGAUAAUCACAUGUCUAAAAUACUUCAGACCCUUCUCACUCCUAAAGGAGCCUCACUUGCAUCAAACCAAGGACCAUUUCCUUCCUUUUUCACCUUUUCUUUGAAUGAAUUCCAUUCUGGUGGCUUCAGGGAGACAAUUAUAUGAAAGGGAUCUUUGAAACUAGGCUCAUUUAUACUUGCUGUAUAAGAAAUGCAAAGAAACUUUAAACAUUUUCAUAGCUUUUUAUUCUUAGUUUUAAAACUUCCUUUUAAAAGAAAACAUCUUUCCUAUCCCCCUGCACCUCCUAUAAGGGAGAAUAAACCUUUAAAUACUGUAAAAAACAACAAAAAAAAACUUUGCAGAGGAGAGGGGCAAAGUAAUUUUCUUUUUACCAGUGGAACAUGUCAUAAAAAUAGAAACUUCACAUUUUAUUAUAAAUUAUUUUUCCUAUACUAUAGGAAUGUUAUACAAAGCAUAAUAAUGAUGGUAAAAAUCUGUGAAAUUAUUUUUAUAAUGAGCAAAUUAGCAGUUUUUCUUAUGUAAAUCACUGUGGAAGAUAGAAUAGUAUGCUUUAUAAUCAGAUAACUUUCUACAAAACUUUAAAUCCCCCUUUAAAGAAUUAGAGUGGGCUACCAGUCUAUAUUCGGAAAUGAGAACCACUUGCGCAUUUACUGCUUUUUCCUCCCACCAAAAUGUAAGCUGGAGCUGUUUUUAGUUGGAGUGACUUGUGUAACAGUAUAGCUGUACUCAGACCUGUCCUCAGCAUCCUGUAAAGUGAGGCAGAUGGCCAACUGGGUGAGUCACCAUCUGAAAGAUAAGGGCUUUCUGUGGAAAGAACAGCUGAUUUGGUUAGCAGAUUCUGUUAUUUGAAUGUAUUGAAGCCCUAACAAACUAAAAUGGCAGGCAUAGUAUUCAGUACUACAGUAGGAACAACAAUAAAAAAGAUGGACUCUAGGAGUCAGGAUGCCACAAUCUAAUCCCAGCUUUGCUCCAAGCCAGCUGUGGGACCAUGGGCAAGUCAUCCCCUUCUCUGGAAAAUGAAGUCCCCUGUGGUUCUAAAAUUCUAGGAUUCCAUAAUGAAUUAUUUGUAUUCUCUGUGGCAUCUCCUUACAUGUUACAGUUAAACCAAAGCACCAUACGUGGGAAACUAUUAACAUGAACCUAACACUGUUGAUACCCAAGGAAUAAUGAAAAACCAAUCUUUGGCUAAUUGUUAUUACUAUUCUUUGGAAUAUUUCUAAAAAUCAAAUACAAUUCCUCAGCUGUCCAAAGAAAUGAGCCUCUUGUCAUGUAGUGAGGUGAUUGGCUUUGUAUUAAAGCUUUCUAACGACAUAAGUGGUCAGUUUGAAACACUCACAUUUUAAGUCGAGGCAGUUUGGCAUGAUGGGUAGAGCAUGCUAGGCUUGGAGUCAAGGAGACCCUCUAACAUUAGGGGAUGAUCCUGGGUACUUGUAAGUCCCCUAUCUUCUCCUGUGAGCCCCUUACCCCUCACACACCUCUUUCCCUGGGGCUUUUAAAUCAUUUGGGGUAUUGGCUGAGUUGUUGCCAUGCCUGGAGUCCCAUAAGGCUGAAUGUAGUUCAGAGUGCAUGAUAGAGGAUAAGCAAGAAUUGGGGAAAAGGAAAAACUGGCAUUUUAUCAUUAGUUGUAGUUAGUGCAUUCCUAGUAGUGUGUCUAAAAAACUAUUUACAGAGCUUCAGGCCCUCCUCCUGCCUCUCAAGAUCCUGAUCAGGUUAUCAUAACAAAAGUGGCUUGGUCUCCUAACUGCAUUUUUUGAGUCCUAAACCCCACUUUCAGUCUGCUUUAGCUAUAAUGGACUGAUCAGGAUCUUGUCCUCCCCCUGGGAGAGGAUGAGCAAAGGUCAGUGUAGCGAGAACUCUACAAGGAGCCUAGAGACAGAAACUGAAAUGUGUAUGGGAAAAUUAUAAACAUAGACUCAAAAACACAAAACAAAAUGAAGACAUUUACAUGAAGAGAAGCAAGCCAAGAGCUCAUGAUGCUCUUUUGGAUGAACAUAAAAGGAAUGACCUUUUUACAGACAACUUUUGUAAAGUGUGUGGCGCAGUACUACAGUUUGAAUCCCAAAGGAUUUCACAUUAUGAGGGCAAAAAGCAUGCUCAAAAAGUUAGACUUUAUUUCCAAAUUCAUGGGGAACAAAAUGAAGCCCAAGUGCCUGAUAAAAAAGUGAAGCUGGAUUUCCUGAGUCUUCAGACGGAUGGGAGUGGAGUAGUGGACAAAAACAAAUUUUGUGAUCUCUGCAACAUGAUUUUUAGUUCCCCAGUUGUUGCUCAGUCUCACUAUUUGGGGAAAGUUCAUGCCAAAAAGUUGAAGCAGUUAAUGGGAGAACAUGCUCAGACGUCUCCACCAAGUACUCAGCCAGACAAGGCAGGUCCGCCUGUGGCUAGUUGUGCAGGGCCAGAGCCACAGCAGCCGGCCUCUGAGCGAGCCGCCCCAGAAGCGGCCACAGAAGAAGCCCCCCCCUCCUCUGGUGGCCCCACUUUGGAUCUGAACGAUCCAGACAGAUACUGUGAGCUCUGCUGCGCCUCCUUCAACAGCCCACUCAUGGCCCAGCAGCACUACGUGGGCAAGAAGCACAAGAGGAGCGAGGCCCGGAAGAAGAUCCUGGAGGAGAUAGGGCAGAAGACACUCCCUGCAGAGUCCACAUCCAGCGCACUUGGUGUGGGUCACUACAUCUGUCCCAUUUGUAGUAUCACCCUUACAUCCAUAGAAAUGUACCAGUCCCACAUGCAAGGAAAUAAACACCAGAUUAAAGAAUCCCUGGUUGUCAAUCUCAUGAAGAAUUCAAAGAGAACCUUUCACUCUUUCCAAGAUGAGCUGGCUGACUACAUCCAAGUGCAGAAAGCCCGAGGGCUCGAGCCCAAGACCUACUUUCGGAAGAUGGGAGAGGAGCACUUUGAGAUGGACGAGUACAAGGAGGAGCGCAAUGCCAGGCCCCAAAGUCUAGCGGUGUUUGAGCAGAGACUCCCACCCGAGACUUUCCAGGCCUGCCCAGGAGCGUAUGGCCUCACUCGAACAGUGGAAAACACAUUGUCCCAUUGGUCACCUGUCCACGACAGCAGGCUCAGGCUGGAAUCUCUUGGCCACUGCCAGCCCAGCAAGGAAGAGUUCUCAGAGAAAUUAAUGGCCUUGGGGCCCACGCAGCAGGACAAUAACUCGGGCCCAUCCAGCAUCUCCUCGGACAACAGCACCAAUUCCUACCAGCCAGGUCAUAAACCCAAAAUGACUCACCGGAGGAAGAAAAGACAUCCAAGGGAGGAGGGAGAAGAACGGCCAAAUGAGGAAGAGAAGAGGAAGAAAACCAUGGAGGACAAAGACUCGAGCAAAGACCAUAAGGCCAUCCGGAGGAAGAAGGCAGAGGCAAAUGCAACCAGUGUAGGAAAGUCAAAGCAUAGGAAAGAGAGGAGAAAUCGGGAAAUAGCCACCAAUAAAGAAGACCGUAGACACCGGAAAGAGAAGAAGGAGCUCCUGCCCAGGAGGACCGAGGAGGAGAUGCUGUGGGAUGAGUCCAUCCUGGGCUUCUGAGGCUGCCUACUUUCAGGGAGGAGCCUACGCUGACAUGGCCUUUGGACACCCAGCCACCGUGGCAGGGUCACCCAAAAGUAUUCAGCCUAUUCUCCAGCACUUUAAAAUGAGGAGAAAUCACUUCUCCUAAUAGUUUUUAAAAUGAUUUCAUGAAAAUGCCAUGUUUUUUUCCAGGUAACGCUGCUUCAUUUUGUGUGGAAGACUACUUUUCUUUUCCAGGUAGCAAUGAUAUCUUUGAGUUAUCAUUUAUUUCAAAUGACCUUUCUGAAUUUCUUUCUUGAUUAGGUUCCUGUUAGUUCGGGUUAAGGUUUGGUGUUUUGUUUUUGCUUUGUUGGGUUUGUUUGUUUUGUUUUGUUUUUUUAAGAGAAUAUAUGCAACAGUGUAGGAUUAUUUUUUUCCAGGUUUAGACUUCAUUUACAGUGUGUUUUCCAGGUCUGAAAGUAUAAAAUGACAGUCUAAACUCAAGCUAUACAUAGUUCAGAAUGUUCUCGAAUACUGAUCAGAAUUCAGUUUACAUUCAGAAAAUGUUCAUAUUAAAAAUAUUCUAAUUUUA